GGCUUCUGUGUCUCAUUUGUGCCCUUUGAACCUGUCAAGGGAGGAGGCAGAGAGGCAGGCGCACUGGCUGUGCAUGUUACGAGGGGAGUAUAUCUCCUGGAAACCUUUAAAGCUACCAGCUGUAUCCUGUUUUGGAGGGUUCAGCAUGGAGCUCUUCUGUUCCUUGGGGCGCAAAGCCCUGUUGCAGGGGAAGGCGUGUCAAAACAGCCUCGCCAUUGGCAAGCAGGUGUCCUGCAGAACAUUCCCAACAGGCACAUGUCGCUCUCAGCACCUCAGCAGCAACAGCAGGGCUAACCCAGGCCGGCCUGGCUUCCUGCCCAGAACUCCCUGUGGUUCCUUCUUUGAAAGUUUCUACACCGCGAGUUUUCUCCCUCGUCGCCUUCUCUCCGAUGCCCGCUUCAAUGUGCCACCCAGUGCGGAGUUCGUGGCCAGACCCGUGGGGGUCUGCUCCAUGUUCAAGCUGCCCAUCCAGAAUUCAGCAGAGGGUCUGGACGUGGCGUUUGUGGGGGUCCCUCUUGACACGGGGACCUCCAAUCGUCCUGGGGCCAGGUUUGGUCCUCGCCACAUCCGGGCCGAGUCAUCAAUGGUGAGAUUGUUCAAUCCAAGCACUGGGGCAGAUCCAUACCAUUCUCUUGUGGCAGCCGACAUCGGCGAUGUGAACGUCAACCUGUAUAACCUGAAGGAUAGCUGCCGACAAAUCCGAGAGGCCUUUCAAAAGAUAGUGGCGCAGGGCUGCGUGCCCCUCACGCUGGGUGGAGACCACACAAUCACGUAUCCCAUCUUGCAAGCCGUUGCAGAAAAGCACGGCCCUGUGGGGCUGGUACAUGUAGACGCCCACACGGACACCGGAGACAAAGCGUUGGGGGAGAAGAUCUACCAUGGGACGCCGUUCCGGCGCUGUGUGGACGAGGGACUCCUGGACUGCAAACGGGUUGUUCAGAUUGGAAUCAGGGGCUCCUCCUAUACUCAGGACCCUUACAAGUAUUGCCGAGACCAGGGUUUCCGGGUGGUGCUAGCAGAAGACUGUUGGAUGAAGUCGCUAGUCCCUUUGAUGGCAGAGGUGAGGAAGCAGAUGGGAGACAAGCCCGUUUAUAUCAGCUUUGACAUCGAUGGAAUAGACCCCGCCUACGCCCCUGGCACUGGGACACCCGAGAUUGCCGGCCUGACACCUUCGCAGGCUCUGGAGAUUAUUCGCGGCUGCCAAGGUCUGAAUAUUGUUGGGGGCGACCUUGUUGAAGUGGCGCCGAUGUAUGAUGCUUCCGGUAACACAGCACUCCUGGGAGCAAAUCUGCUCUUUGAAAUGCUGUGCGCCCUCCCGCAAGUCAAGAGGACAUAAACCGUUCCAGGGAAGCCUCUGAUUCACACUAAAGGCGCUCGUAAUGCACAAGGACCUCCCUGCAGACCUGCAAAGAAUCAGAACGUUGCAUUUUUAACUUUGCUGGAUCUGUGCAACUCUCUGCCUGCUACCAGACCCUUUCCUGACACCUACAGCAAUAACCAGGACAGCUGAAAAUGUGCAGGGUUGACAUAAUGGGAGACCGCUCACCAGCAAACACAAGUUCUGGGAAUCUUUGGUUCUGUGGUGAAAUUAAGUUGCUAGUCCUCAUUGCUGCUGGAAGAAAAACCAAAAAAUGGAGCACAGGACACAGCCACCCAAUACCUAAGAGCACCUGGCA